ACCCGUGAGCGCUACGUGCGAGUUUCUCUGGUGGUCAUGGCGAACCUCCCUGCUAGAAACAAGCAGGCACGCUUGGAGGAGGACUGCUAGGAUCAAACUGGCUCGAGCAAGCUCCAUCUCCUUUGGCAACAGUGUAGAGGCUCUAGGACGUGUGGGAUCGACGUGAAGCAUUUGAUAUCACCACCUAAUUUUCCAGGCCGCUGGUGGUGAUCCAAAUCGAUAAGUUUGAUCAAGCAGGAAAAACAAGCGCUUUCUCGAUCCAUGGUUCCAUCAAGGCAAGUGGUCGUCGGGUUUAUGAUGAGGGCGCGGGCACGAGAGCUUCUCGCAAGGACAGAUGCUAAAGUUCAAAUUUUUAAAAUUUAAUCAGCGAUGCUUUUGUUCUAGGGUUCUUCGCGGGGAUGGAUGUAGAAGCUCCUCCCGCUGAUCCGGGGGAUGCUAUCCAUCCCUCCCUUCUUGUUACUUCCGCCGACGAUGGGAGUCGCGAAUGGGAGAGCCAGUGCUGGGGGUGCUCCUCGUAUCUCAUCCUCCCUUUCUUCUCCGAGGCAUUCAAGUGUGGAUGGUGUGGAGCGGUCACACUGAGCAAGCCCAGGCAGAGAAGCAGCCAGCGAUGGCGCAGGUGUGCUACCAUCCGAGACUGGAGUUUGGUGGCAGUGGUUCUCAUGAUCAUCGCUCUUGUCACUGGUGGAGGAAUAUGGACUGUGUACCCGGUUUUAUAUCCACAGCCAACUUGGAGUGGAUGCUUCCACAUUUUCAUCGCGCUGUCUCUGGCUGGAGCAACGCUUGCGAGUUACAGUCUAGCAGCAUUCACUCCAGCAGGAGCUCUAGCGAAGGUGCCGUGGGGAUCACUCCAGCCCAUUGGCAAAUCAGCUCUAGAUGGCUACACGUACUGCGCUUACUGCGAAUGUCCCAAGCCUCCGCAAGCCCAUCACUGUAGAACUUGUGGAACUUGCGUCAUGGACAUGGAUCACCACUGCCCUUUCAUCGGGAACUGUGUUGGAGCUCACAAUCACCCGCAUUUCAUCCUGUUCCUGGUCUACGCGACGAUAAGCAGCUGCUACGUUUUGCUCAUGUCCGUGCUCGCGGGCUUAGCGAUCUGGCCACCACUGCUGCAAAGAUACCAAGGCUCUGGCGAGUGGGGAUUGUUUCACUCGGUGGGAACAAUUCUAGCAGCGAGCUUUCUCGAGGCGUUUGAAGAGUUUGAGGAGGACGAAGACAAGGGGCUGCCGAGUGUAUCGGCGAGGUCUCUGGCACUCAUCUAUCUCGUCAUCACCGCCAUGGCGAUUCUGAUCGGGCUUGCUCUACUCCUCCGCCAGCAGAUACAGCUCUUGUACGCAGGGCAGACGUAUCUGGAGUCGAUCCAAGCAGGCGAUGGCGAGCUUUUGCGGCCCGGGUGGCACAACCUGAGGCGAUUGUUUGGGAAGAAGCAUCCAGCUUUGUGGCUGCUUCCUGGAUUCACAUCGAAAGGGAGCUACUUGAAAUUACAAUGAGAGCUCGUUCUUGGCCGCAUGCAAUAGUAUAGUGUUCAUUGAAGAUAAGAUCGAACCCAAGACAAUAAGUUUUGCAGGGACAAGUCAAUGUAAUUGUAUUGAUACA